AUGCCUACACUUGUUCCUGCGGCUACAUAUUCAGCUCCAGGCGAAUCAAAACCCGCAUACUUUCUUCCAGGAGACGGUCUACAUACCACAGACGGCCAAACCACUCAGAUUUCAGAUGUCGUCAUAAGUGCUGGAGGAGAAGACAGAGACAAGCCCACGCCUGCGCUGAAGACGCCUUUGGGAUCUCUCAGAGCUCAGUUGACGACUAUCCAAGACCAGCUUAAUGUUUUCCUUACGAAGAAGAUGCUGAACAAGAGAAAGCUCGAGGAUGAUGAUGUGGAGCGUCGUAUCCUUGACGAGGGAAUCGACGAGGAUAGCGAUUGA